UGAUCAAGAUGUAGCACUCUCAGAUCUGUCUGCAGCCGCAUGAAGGGUGCUGGUCUCUAGUUCCAUCAGGUCCUAGAAUCCGAAGAUAUGGAGUCUGCACUGAUGAUUGGAGUAAUCCCUGUGCUGUACUCAGCAGCAAGUGACAAAUCUGGCUACUAUGCUGGGCGGACACUGUGGUUAGGACUAACUUCAGUGUACAGCCUGGUGGUGUAUGUAGUCCGGAUGCCAUGGUACCACAUCUACGAAGAUUUCAAAUGCCAUGGAAAUAUCCCUUACCCUUGUCUCAUGGAGUGUUUUGAACAAAUGUUUGCCAUUCCUGUUUCAGAACUGUGGUGCUACUUCUACUUCAUCUUCAUAAUUCUCUUCUUCCUCACGGAAUUCUUCAUGGCUCAGAUUCGGCAUAAGCACACCAAGGAAAAGGAGAAGUUCACGCAGCAGGGAAAAGAGAACACAGUGGAAAUGGAGAAGGACUCGACGAAGGCAAUCAAGAAACAGAGCCCCUCUCAGAAGAUAUCCUUCCUGAAGUCCCACCAGGAAAAGGAAGUAUUAUAUUUGAAUCUGUUCCACACCCUCCUGCAGGUCAGCAUCCAGACUGUGUCCUUUUGCCUGCUCACAAACAAACACCUGCCCCUGAUAAGUAAAAACAACUUUCAUUGUAGCACCGAUGGCUGUCCUGGUCCCUAUCACUGCGUCAUCUGGGAAAUCUCUGAGAAGGAGCUGUCCUUGUACACCCUGGGCAUCUUCUCUAUCAUAAUCAUCAUCCUUGGCACAGGCUCUUUUGUAUACAGCAUCUACCACCACUUGCUGAUGGCCCGUUCAGUUUCCAAGGUUUGGAUUUUUUGACAUUUAUGAUAAACAACACUUUACUUUAAAGUCUUUCCUACCCCAGGCCAGGUAGUUUAGGUUCCUCCAUAUUUUGUUUGGGGCAGGGCCUGUUCUUGCUAACCUUCUUUCAAUUUUGAUUUGAAAACAGUAAAUGUUUGCUGUUCCCCCUUUUCUGUUCUAAGGCCUGGCUGGGAUAAUCUAAUUCUAAAAGCAAAACAAAACAAAACCAUGCCUAACAACUGACUACCAGGCAUUAGUACACAAUAACUCAUUUCCUUAACACUCACCUGUAAAGUGACGCCGAGGAAGAUAGGCAGCUAGUAAAGGCCACCUGCAGUCAGCAAGGGAGGCCAAUUUAAACUAAGGUCUCCCAGGCCCUAAUGUGCACCCUCCUGGAGCCGUUUGCUGUGCGGCUAAGAAGCAGAGCUUGUUUUUACUGUGAAGUCUACUGAAGAGAGGAGCAAGGAAAAACAGUGGGGGCACUGUGCCAGGAUGUAGGGACACCCUUUUAAGGUCACAGUUGUAUAUUCUUGCUCUCUAGUCAGAGACAAAAGACCCAGGAAGCUAAAUUCAAAUAAGCUGUACAUAACCUGACAGUGACCAUCUGGGAAAAGCACUGAGAUGCAGAGUGAACACAGCAUGUCGGACAAGACUUCUCAUCAGCUUUCAAGUCAUAUUCCAACACAGACAAGGCUGGCUCUACAGGGUGACACUGCUUUCAUAGGCCUUAAAGGGGCAGACCUGGAGAGUGGACUCGGUGCUAGAACUACGGGAGACCACGAGUGGAAGGAGUAGGGAAAGAGUAGGAGCAAGAGAAUGGCCAGGAGAGACAUUGGGUAUGAGCUGGUGAAAAGACAGAGACAAUUUCACCCAUGGGUUUGAGGGAGGGUAUGUUAUUAUGUCCAUAACAUAAUCUUCUAUAAUAUCUACAAAGAUGCCUUGUGGUCAUUUUCUCACAAUGAAGAACACAUUCACUCAGCAUACUGGAUCUUAAUGUAGGCCAAGUACUGGAGCAUAGAUAAUGUUGAUGAUUUGAAGAAGCAAACAUUAGAGCAGUGGUUCUCAACCUU